AUGCAUCGGGAUGCCAAUAACUUGGAUGGGAGUUCCAACUACGUGAUGGCCUUGACAGACUUUGCUAAAGGGGGCAUUUGGGUACAGGAUGAUGAGGGUCAGCAUGUAAGGGCCAUGUUCCUUGGAAAGGCUACUGGUCGUGUCCUGCAAGUGUGCGACAACCCUGUGGAGUUCGAUGCACAUUGCUUCCACUGCACCUUGCCUUGGGAGGGCUCUAGAGUCGUGUUGAUCGGAUUCACUCCGAAUCGUGUCGCUUCUCUGAAGAAAGAUGAUGUGCGAGUCUUACGGGACUUAGGCUUUCCUUUGCCUGGCCACCCUGUGCCGGUCAAUUGUGCGACAGCAGCAUGCCCUCAUGAUCAGCCGUGCAAGAGUGGGGAAACUGAGCCUGUGACCGGGCCUGUGCAGCAGACUCAGCAUGCAACCUUUGGGGUUCCCUUUGAUGAAAGCGAGUUUGUGCGUGCUGCUGUACGCGCAGGGCAUCCCAGCUCUUCACUUUCCUCACUGCCGGACCAUCUUGAGUCGUGCGUAGAUAUGCUUGCUAAGGCUCCGCCACAUGCUGUGGUAGAUAAGAGGAGGAGAUGGCUUGACAAGUGGACUACACGGGCGUGUGAAAUUGAGCGUGACCCAGAUCCUUCGUGGGACAUAGAUGACCCGCACAUGAAACGUGUCCUUUGCAAGAAGCGCCUGCAGCUGCUUGACGAAAUCAUUGCCGCCGAGGGCUAUGAUGAUGUAAACCUCGCUCGGGAUAUUUGGUCGGGCUUUGACUUAGUGGGCACUUCGCCUGUAUCUAAUGUUCUGCCCGGGAAAGUUACUCCUGCCUCCUUGCACCCCGAUGACCUGUGUGCUGCGGCCCCUCGGGCCAAUGAGGCGCUCAAGGUUUCCUUGGGAUCUUCCGGCGAUCGGGAGAAGGACAUCCUGUUGUGGGAGAAGACAAUGAAAGAGAGCGACAUUCGCCCUCUGGUUCCAGUGGAUGCCAUCACGGGCAUCGGUGAGCUGGAAACUGUUGCAGUGGUUGUGGCCUUCAUGCUUUGGAGCCAGCACCUCGCGUCUUCGGAGUGCAUGGCGUACCUUGACAACGAGGGUGCACGCUUUGCUUUGAUAAAGGGCUACUCAGCUUCGUCGGCCGUCACCCGUGUUUGUCAUGUCUUUGCCAAGGCUUGUGAGCAGAAUACCCUGGUGUGCGCGUGUACCAUCGAGCAGCAAUAUUGCAGAUGCGCCGAGUCGUAA